CUUGUCCCGAGGCGCGGGCUCGGGGCGGCCCCGGGAGGUGCGGGUUUCCCUGCGCUCGGUCUUUGGGCUUUUCGUCCGUCUGCGGCGGCCACGGGACCUUGCGCUCGACUUCCCUUUCGUCCUGCCCGGUCGGGAAGGCGUCCGGGGUGGGGAGGCGGGUCCCGCGGGGGAUGGAGCGGCGCCGAGCCAACGGCGAGCGGCGGGGAAGGAGGAGGGGGCCCGCGGGAGCCUCCUCCCCGCUGCGCGUCGCUGCUGACGGGCUGUGAGGAGCCGGCGGCGGCCGGACGACCGACACCGGGAGGAGGAGGAGGAGGAGGAGGAGGAAGACGACCAGGACCGCCGCGCAUUCGUCGCCCUGCCAACCCGCCCGCACGGAUCCCCCGGCCCCCUGCACACUUGAGAAGGCUCCGGGGCCCGGCCGGCCGUCGGGACGAAGGAGGUCCGGCUGCCCGGAGGCCCGAGGCUCCGCAGGUCCUGCUGCCCAGAGGUCUGAGGGGCCGCGGGUCCUGCCGCCCAGAGGCCCGAGGGUCUUAGGUCCUGCUGUCCAGAGACCCCGGGGUCCGCAGGUCCUGCUGCCCAGAAGGCUGGGGAUCCUUAGAUCCUGCUGCCCAGAGGCCUGGGGUCCUUAGGUCCUGCUGCCCAGAGACCCGAGGGUCUGCAGAUCCUGCUGCCCAGAGACCCGGGGGUCCGCAGAUCCUGCUGCCCAGAGACCCGGGGGUCCGCAGAUCCUGCUGCCCAGAGGCCCGGGGGUCCGCAGGUCCUGCUGCCCAGAGGCCCGGGGGUCCGCAGAUCCUGCUGCCCAGAGGCCCGAGGGUCUUAGGUCCUGCUGUCCAGAGACUCGGGGGGUCCGCAGGUCCUGCUGCCCAGAAGGCUGGGGGUCCGCAGAUCCUGCUGCCCAAAGGCCUGGGGUCCUUAGGUCCUGCUGCCCAGAGACCCGAGGGUCUGCAGAUCCUGCUGCCCAGAGGCCUGGGGUCUUUAGGUCCUGCUGCUCAGAGGGGCUGGGGGUCCUUAGGUCCUGCUGCUCAGAAGCUCGGGGGUCCUUAGGUCCUGCUGCCCAGAGGCCCCAGGGUCUUAGGUCCUGCUGCCCAGAGACCCAGGGAUCUGCAGGUCCUACUGCCCAGAAGCCUGGGAGUCCUUUGGUCCUGCUGCCCGGAGGCCUGAGGGUCCUUAGGUCCUGCUGCCCAGAGCCCGGGGGUCCUUAGGUCCUGCUGCCCAGAGCCCGGGGGUCCUUAGGUCCUGCUGCCCAGAGCCCGGGGGUCCUUAGGUCCUGCUGCCCAGCGGCCUGGAGGUCCUUUGGUCCUGCUGCCCAGGGACACGGGGGUCCGCGGGUCCUGCUCUCCAGAGGCCUAGGGGUCCUUAGGUCCUGCUGCCCAGAGGCCCGGGGGUCCGCAGGUCCUUCUGCCCAGAGACCUGGGGUCCUUAGGUCCUGCUCUCCAGAGGCCCGGGGGUCCGCAGAAGGUCCCGCUCCCCAGAAGUCCGCAGAACCUCCUUCUGCCCAGAAACCCCGGGGUUUUUUAGGUCCUGGGAGCCCUUAGAUCCCACUGUCCAGAAGGCCCGGGGGUCCUUAGGUCCUGCUGCCCAGAGGCCCCGGGGGUCCUUAGGUCCUGCUAUCCAGAGGGCCCAGGGGUCCGCAGACUGGGCGGCAGGCGGCAGCUCCUCUCGUCCGGCCCCGUCGGGGGCCGUCGCUGUGCGGGUGGAAGAUGGUCAGCCCGCGGACUUGUCCGCGGUGGGGCCGGCGGGUCCCUCGGCUGGGCGCGCUGGCCGUCUGGAACUGUUGCCUCUUCCUGGCCGGGGCGGACAACGUCAGCCAGGAGUAUUUCACCGCCCUCAUCAACGUGACCGUGCAGGACGCCGGCCGGGCGACCCCCGUCCUGCUCAGGAUCGACCGCGGCCGCUACGGGCUGGACUCCCCCAAGGUGGAAGUCAAAGGGCUGGUCCUGGCUCCCGUGCCCCUCCACGGAGUCGCAGAUCACUUGGGCUGUGAUCCUCAAACACGUUUCCACGUCCCGCCUAAUGUCAAACAGUGGAUUGCCUUGCUGCAACGAGGAAACUGUACGUUUAGAGAGAAAAUAUUACGGGCAGCGUCCCACAAUGCGACUGCUGUGGUCAUCUAUAACAAUAUAUCCAAUGGAGAGCCUGUCACUAUGACUCACCCAGGAACCGGAGAGAUUGUGGCCGUUAUGAUUACAGAGUCAAAGGGGAAGGAGAUUUUGACUUAUCUGGAGAAGAACAUCUCCGUGCGCAUGACAAUAGCCGUCGGAACUCGCAUUCCCCCGAAGAACUUCAGCCGCGGCUCUCUCGUCUUCGUGUCGAUAUCCUUUAUUGUCUUAAUGAUCAUCUCCUCGGCCUGGUUGAUAUUUUACUUCAUACAGAAGAUUCGGUACACGAAUGCACGUGACAGGAACCAGCGCCGUCUCGGAGAUGCCGCCAAGAAAGCUAUCAGCAAAUUGACCACCAGGACAGUGAAGAAGGGUGAUAAGGAAACAGACCCAGACUUUGAUCAUUGUGCUGUCUGCAUAGAGAGUUACAAGCAGAAUGAUGUUGUCCGCAUCCUGCCCUGCAAGCAUGUUUUCCACAAAUCCUGCGUAGAUCCUUGGCUUAGUGAACACUGCACCUGUCCUAUGUGCAAGCUUAACAUUUUGAAGGCCCUUGGAAUUGUGCCGAAUGUGCCGUGUACCGAUAACGUAGCCUUCGACAUGGAGAGGUUCACCAGAAGCCAACCAGCGAAUCGAAGAUCGGCCCUGGGCGACCUUGCUAACGACAGCUCCCUUGGCCUCGAGCCACUGCGCACUUCGGGAAUGUCUCAGCUUCCUCAGGAUGGGGAACUCACACCCAGGACGGGAGAAAUCAACAUCGCAGUAACAAGUGGCCACUUCUUCCACCGCAACUCCCUGUCUCCUCGGAGCCUGGUGUACGAGAGCGAAUUCUCCACUAUUGAACCUUCCUUGGACAUGUACGACGAGAACAAAACCUGAUGAAAAACGGCCGUUUGGGGCUCCCUUUUUCUUUCGGUUGGUUUAUCGUAAUUGUUCUUAUUUGAUAUUCUUCUGUCGGUGUCUUGUUUUGGAGAAAGACCUGCAUUUCUGGAGCUCCGGCUGGGUUUGGCAUCGGGGUGACAGACUCGGAGCUCGUCCGAGCUGAUCUUUUGAGCACGACUUUCCUGCGUCGAUGAAUUACCUUAGAAAGCGUAGAGCCGCAAAAGUCGCCGCCCCAGCCCUCCCCCCAACCCUUUCCCCAAAGGUUGAAAAGUUUUGAAAAGUGAGCUGUGAAACUCCAGCUGCAUCUCUGCUGAAGCGGCUUGGCCCCCGGCCCCGAUUGUUCAUUUUCUAUUGCAAACGUGUCUCUCGAAUAGGCAUAAGCUGUUUGGUCUGUGGGGCUUUUUUUAUUAUCGUAAUCCUCGUGAUAAUGAGUUAUAUUGUGUGCUGAGUCUGCCAGGUUAACUUUCUCGCUGGCAAAGGAGAUCACAAGCUGCUACUACUAAAUGUGUUCGGUUUAAUUCUUGGUUCUCUCCUUUUUCUUACUGUGAAAAGGCCUCUUUGUAAAGGACCUGUGGGAAUGCAUAGCCUUUUGUACCUGAUUUUGGCCAGCUGGGUUGAUGACUGACUGACUCGAGAGCCUCGGAUGCCGGUGAGGUCUUUAUUCAAUCGCCCACAUUUUCCUUUUCCGUUGUUCACCGUCGAGGGGGAAAUAAGUCAGAGACCGCUUUCGCGAGCGCCAAAACUGCUACUGUGGUUCCAGCUCGCCUGCCGGCCGACUCUUCGGCUAAAGAUACGGACGGCGUCGACUCGUUCGCGCUUCUCUGUUCGUUAUGGGGUCUGGAUCUUGUGGGAAACGCCCCAGAGUGGUCUAACUCAAAAACCUUCUUAGUUUUUCGCCGAGCAGUUAAAGCCACCCUCAUGGACUCAGGUUCCAGUACGCACCGUACCCUGGGCUGACUCCGUUCAGCAAUAAUCCCUUCCUGUCAUCCUUCACGGUGGGAAACGAAGAAAGCAGAAAGUCCGAGAGUACGGAGAGCCAAGUCGAUGCACCCUCAAGGCAUGAGCGAGGGGUUUCGGCCGGGGCGGGGCAAACCAGAGAAUCCGGUGAGUCUUUGUCAAGUCCGCAGUGACGAGAGCGGAAGAGAGGAUAAAAAUGCCCUCUACAAGCUUCCAAGAAGGCGGUACCGCUCACCGAAGCAAAAAAUAUAUGUGUAGAAACGAGUAUCUGAGUGUCCUUGAAAACAGAUCUAUAGAACAUGUCUAUGCACUUUUGCUACUGAAUACUGAAUCGUUUCAUUUGCUUCUCCAUUUGGAUGGGGUUUCUCGUUUAGAGUGGUAAAUAUGGUUGUGACUUUGUCGUGUGAUUGAAAUCUGAAGUUUACAUACACCUUGAUUUAUUGUUAACGGUAAACCAAAGAGAGAAUGAAUCAUCUCUCCUGGUACCUUCGUUCUAUUCAGCCCAAGCUGCAGAUGAACACUUGCGGUGUUUCCUUCGGCCGCCAACUCUGUUAGCCUUUGUCCUGCUUUGUAGCGCGGCGCAGCUCUGACUGAAACACAGAUGGUAACGACGGAAACUCUAAGCUGAGGAAGUUGCGUCUAUAUCGGAGCAAACUUUGAACCCAUUCUACUACUAGGAACCAGGAGCACUGUUGAAUCUCGAGUAAUUCUAGGGGAGAGUAAUGCGGACUUUUAAGGGAUUGCCAACGUUGUAGUCUUUUUAUCAUUUUCAGUGGUAUUUGUUAUGCCCUUACUCUGUGCUGAGCAUUGUAUGGUAUAUGCAAGGUAAAGAGGUGGACACGGUUCCUGUCCCACAUGGGGCUUUCGGUCUAAGUUGGCCAGAGUAGGAUUUAGUCCCCAUUUCACACA